CAUUUUCUUAAGUGGAGCAACACGCUGUGCUUUGGGUCGCCCAUGACCCACCAAUUUUAACUAAACCCUAAAUCUAUCCAAUCUUCCUAAUUGUUAAACUAAACCCUAAAUAUAUCCAGUCUUCCUACUCGGUUUCUCAGACUGAAAUACUUGUAUUCUAUCUUCAUCGCGGCACGUUUUUUUGGAUUUGAACAGGUUAUCUCUGUCAUGAUGGCCGGUCAAUACGACGAACUUUCUAUCUCUAGCACCUUCAUUAUUGUUUCUCUCUCUGGCAUCAUCGAUUUCAGCUGCAUUUUUCUGGGGUAUAAUGACAACGACACUAAAAUGUAUUUCAGAAACGGGUCAGGUUGCGGAUUAACUGAUUCGAAGGGGGCAGACAAAAAAGAACUGUGGCUACCAUUCUGUAGUGGAGAGUACUACAACAAAUUUUGAUGCAAAGGGCAGAUGGUAAAAGGAAUUCACCUACUAAUAAAGAUUAAGGAGGAAAUGAGGAAUAAUGCAGAAGCUCAAGCGAUUUAAGAAGUUAAUACGUUAGCAUGUACUGAUUUAUAGCCUCAAACUGCUUGUAUUUAAAGAGAAUGAGAGCCAGAGAGAGAAAGAGAGGAUUUGGGAUAAACAGACCGCUAAUUUCCAUAUUGGUUUCUGGAAUUGGUGAAUCGGGAGAUGCUGAUGAGGUUCAACUCGUGGUGGUGUUGUCUUACAAGUUUACUGGUGGCACGCGGUCCAUUUGUGUGUUUGCUGAUGAGAUGGGAAGCAGUUCGAUUUCUCCGCUAAUAGUGACAGGUGGAAAAGGCGGAGAUGUCGGAGUUCAUGAUUUCCGUUACAUAGCCACACGAAGACCAAAAAAACACAAGAAUUCUGAUAACGAUGAACAAAAGUUCAGUGCAUCUUCAACCGCAGGUCUGCACAAUAAACACAGGGAUCAAAAUGGAAAUGGAAUGUUGUGGUACAUACCAAAAGCUCACUCUGGGAGUGUAACAAGAAUAUCGGCUAUUCUAAAUACGAGUUUUUUCUUAACUGGAAGUAAAGAUAGAGAUGUAAACACACCUUCAUUCAACCUAGCUCUAGAGGAUUUGGAGGAGUUGUUAGGUUGUUUCAGAUGGUUUUCUUUCAUGUGGUGGUGAUGGUUCAGUUAAGCUGGUUUAACUUAGAGAUUUACUAUAAUCCACUUGGCGAUGUCUGCCGGCCCAUCGUCGGCGUCCUGUUUUUGGUGUUGUUCCAGUUAAGCUGUUUUUUUUUCUUCCUUUCCGACUGGUCUGUGGCCCGUUUUUGGUAUCCUUCCAGUUUAAGGCAAUUUUUAGUUCCUUUUCGACUAUACUUACGAGUUACGAGUAGCAUGUGUGUGUAUAUAUAUGCAUAGAGUACAUCUUGAAACCAAUUACUUAAAAAUAGUCUUAUAUGUUUAUUUUAAUAUUAAAACUAAAUAUCAUGUGGAGAUCAAGAAAGUUUCGUUAAGCAUUCAGGAAAUUGUUGUGUACACGUACAGGUGAUAACCAUUGUAUCAAGCUUCUUCCAUUAUUUUAGUGGCAAACUAUGAUUUUAAAUUGCUGGUGUUAAUAUAUAAAAGUUGGUAACCAAAAUUCAUAUACAAUAUUAGAUUGGUGGUUUUUUAGGAGUCUGUGUUUAUUAAUAAAGUUUACGUGUUACUCUUUCAUGUUAUGUUAUUGAAUGUAUAUAAAUAUUUUAUUUUAAUUUUCUAAAAGUUUUAAACUUGUAGAAGUUUAAUAUAUGUUGGAUUCAAGAAACCAUAAAUAUAUCUCGAGCAAAUGCUUUCUAUUUUGAUUGAGAGAAUAUAUGUUCUGUUUUUUAGGAUCUUUUUAUUUAUACGUCAUACAUGAUUGAGAGAAUAUAUGUUCUGUUUUUAGGAUCUUUUUAUUUGCGGUUUUCUUCUGUCAUCUUUUGCAUAAAAAAAUGUUGUUUUUUAUUAACGUUUUCCCAC